AUGACAUCUGCAGCCCUCCAGGCGCGCAACUCCCAAGCCGGCCCUCACAAGUGCGCGCGCAUCAACCCCUCGACCGGCAAGCCUUGCAACAUCGAGUUCUCCCGGCCGUACGACUUGACGCGCCACGAGGACACGAUCCACAACAACCGCAAGCAGAAGGUGCGCUGCCACUUGUGUCGCGAGGAGAAGACAUUCUCCCGCAACGACGCGCUCACCCGGCAUAUGCGUGUCGUGCACCCGGAGGUUUCGGAGAAUUUCGGCCGGAGGGGAAAGAAGGGGGAGUAG